UUAUGUAAAAGCAUGAUGGCGGCGGCCUGUGCGAGAACGCUCGGUAAGGUCGGCCGUCUAGUUUUAGAUGCACCGACAUGGCAUUUUACUAACUCCGUAGCAACUGUACCGAGAACCUACCUACGGUGUCAUGGAAGAGCUUAUUUUACUGGCGGUGCUGGAUUUAGAUCAAGACGUGUGCUCCCUGUGCCGGUCCUUGGAGGCGGCAGAGUCCUGGGAUGCGCCUUCUUGUUCGGUGGUGGCAUCGGUUUGUACCAGACCAUCAAACUCACACUUCAGCGUCACCUUGCAGAGGAACAGACAAAUGCACCCGAGCUGGGCACAGAUCUGAAGUUGAUUCUAUAUCAGUAUAAGACCUGUCCGUUCUGCAGCAAGGUGCGAGCCUUCCUGGAUUAUCAUGGUCUGCCAUAUGAAAUCGCGGAGGUCAAUCCAGUUAUGCGAAAGGAGAUCAAGUGGUCCACCUACAGAAAAGUUCCCAUCCUGAUGGUGGACGGGACAGUGCAAAUCAAUGACUCUUCUGUAAUUAUUAGUGCAUUGAAGACAUACCUCGUCUCCAAGGAGAGAACAAUAUCACAGAUUCUUUCUUGCUAUCCUGAGAUGAAGUCAAAGAAUGACAGCGGGAAAGACGUAACUGAGUUUGGCAACAAGUACUGGGUCAUGGUGAACAAUGUGGAUGCUGAUCGUCUGUAUCCAGAAAAAAAUUCCAGAAAAGAGGAGAUUAAAUGGCGGAAAUGGGCAGAUGAUUGGCUUGUGCACCUAAUUUCUCCUAAUGUUUACCGUACACCAACCGAAGCCCUGGCAUCCUUUGACUACAUAGUACGAGAAGGCAAAUUUGGCACGUUUGAGGGCUUCUUUGCUAAGUACUUUGGAGCUGCUGCUAUGUGGAUCAUUUCAAAGAGACUGAAAAAUAAACACAAUCUGCAGGAUGAUGUAAGACAAGAUCUCUACAAAGCUGUCAAUGACUGGGUUGCAGCCAUUGGAAAAAACAAGAAGUUCAUGGGAGGAGAACAACCCAACCUUGCAGAUCUGGCUGUGUUUGGUGUUCUGAGGGUUAUGGAAGGCCUCGAGGCUUUUGAUGAUAUGAUGGAUCAUACUAAGGUGAAGAACUGGUACCAGCGAAUGCAGAAGGCCACAUAUCAUGUGUGCUAAAAUAAAUGCUUCUGCCAUUCCUGCACCAACUCAGAGGACAUGAUACCACAGUACAACUCUGGAACGAGCAACGAAUGAUGCCAUCUAAUAUUAGUAUAAUGCUUUUUCCAGCAAAUAAACUGGCUUCCUUGUUGAAAUAUAACUUUUCUUGGACAAUAACGUCAAAACCAAGAAUGUGUUUAAUUUAAAGAUAUUAACAAAAUUGUGUCCACAAAAUACCAUUUAUGAUUAAUUUUACUGUUGAAGUGGUUUUCUCUCACAUUGUUUUACUGUGGAAAUGAUGUUUGUGCAACCUGAACCAAAUAAUUUUAAGUUGAAAACAAGAUCAUUCGAUGCAGACUUUGUGGACAGAUUUUAGAGGGAUUAUUGUGAUUUGUUUUGUUUAAGUCAGCUGACCUCAUUUGCUAAUGUGGCUGUUAUUCUCUGCUCUUCUCAAUGUCUUAAUUUGACUGAUUCAGGGUUGAUAACUGCACAUUUUUCAGCAAAUGAUGGUUUGCCCUGAAUAUUUUGGACUUUUCUCUUGUUGUACCUAAAUACAGGCUCUCAGCCCUUAUAGAUCACUGUAGAUGCCUAUGUCUACCUCAAUUUGGAUAACGGUUCCCCUGCUUAUAAACUUCCAAACUGAGCUUCCAGUGACCUUCAGAUCUAUGGUUUAUCAGAUGCUGAAAAAAGCCAUCGUUUACAAUAAACAUGUUGUUAAUGCUUUCUUUGGUUCUCAAGGGGGUUAACUUAAAUGCUAGUCUUGUAAUUGAGUAAUGGUUAUUUGAAGGUUGUUUUGGACACAAGACCAUAGCAUCCAUUUAACUAGGGACAUUUGUCUAUGCAUCAACUUGGAAAAUAAAUGGUAAAAA